CACGAGGCGAAGCAGAUGGCACGGUGUGGAAGAUCGUCCCUCAGCGGAUCAUCCCUUCGUUUGAAGUAGCCACUAACGUCAAUGUCACGCACUGAUCAGCGACCAGCGCAUUCAACGACGCCCGCCUCUGCCGCUCAUGUGGCCUCUCGGUGCCCCUCGUGCAGCUCCACCCCACGCCUCAAUGCCCGGGCGAGGCGGAGGGACCAGCUGCGUGCAAUGACUUUCGCGUCGCUUUUGGUCUUCGCCGCUGCAUUUGCUGCAGCGGAUGGGAUGCCGGCCUUUCUGCCGCUCCCCUCGUGUGUUGGUCGUCCUCGGGAGGGCUGUGCGGACGGGCCCGCCACUUCGCUGGAGAUGCUCAAGUGGCCGACAUACACUGCAGAGAAGAAGGUACGCCAACCGCAGGCAGGUCAUGGGAGAGAAGGGGCGAUCGAUUGUCACGUUGCUGGUUGUCUGCUUGUGUGUGUUUGUGUGGUCAGUCUGGCGGCCUCAUGCUUGAGGAUGACAAGCUGCGUAAGGCAAUCGCGUCGAAUGAGCGGCUGCAGCAGCGCAUAGAGGCAUACGAGAGGGGCGCGUGCACCGCACAAGACCUUCUCGCCUCAAUCAAGAGGUCGGCCGGCUGCAUAACUAUUGGCCUGGCGGUCGUGUGGAUGGAUGGAUGUACGUGUGUGUUUCUGUGUCAGUUACUGCGACGAGUCGGUGACCAAGAAGUUCACCAAGGUCGAGCUGGUGCAGACGGUUGCCCACGAUAUCAAAGACAAGGCCAAACAAAGGUGAGCGAGCAGAGAGAGCAUCAUGAAACGCAGCCAAUGUGUUAUGCGCAUGUGUUCAGGCAGCUGUAUGAUGCUCUGGAGGGCAGAGGCAGGAACAAGGCGCAGCUGGCAGGUGACCACACACAUUUCAGGGAAUCUAUCAGGCCACGCACACCCACCCAUCCGCUCGUGUGUCCAUGUGUCUGUCAAUGCAGGCUUCAAGUCUUCAGAUCUGAUCGGUGGCAAGUAUCGCGUCACCAUGAGCGGUCAGUCAAACCCUACCACAUCCUCUCUGCGUCGAUGCUGGCUCUGCAUCGUUUUCUCUGUACCUGUGUGCGCCCCGUCCGGUCCACAGGCAUCCAGGUGAGCAGCGGCCGAUCGCGUGUGGUGGACGGUGAGCUUGUGCCGGAGUCGGAACGCAACGACGACCCGCCCCCCACCACCACUAACAACGGCAUGGGCGACUCAAGGUGGGCCAACGGCAACCCCUCUAAGGGGCCAGGUGCCGACGCCGACACACUGUCGGCUCCCUCCUCAUCCUCCUCUGGCCUCUUUGGCGGCUUCGGGUUCUUCCGGAGGCCAUCCAGCUCGUCUCAGAAGGUCAAGGUGAAGCUCAGCAGGGGGCUGGUUGAGAGCUUCAAGAGACAAGUGAGCACCACAGGGAGGAAUAAAUUACGCCCAAUUCAUUCGCUCGUCUGCCAGGUGGAGAAUCACGAGAAGAUCCGCCGCAGCAUCGGCGAGCGCGAAUAUCGGGAGCUGUUCAUGCCGUUGCUCGACCACUUUGAGGAUUACGACGGCAAGGGGGCGUGUGCGCUCAUAUUUGAGGCGGGGCAGAUCGACCUGCAGCAGUACAUCAACAGGUACGGCACCGACGGACAGACAGAUGCCACAAAUGAGGCAAUGCUCUUUCAUUUGUGUGUGCCUGCAUGUAUGCAGGAAGGGCACUGUGCGUGGGAUGGAGCUGCGUCGUAUCGCCAAGACCCUCACGCGCAUCUUGGCGGCCAUCCACAGGUCGGGGCUCGUCUGGACCGACCUCAAGACUGCUAACCUGGUCUUCCAAGGCCUCCCACCCAACGCACCGAUCAAGGUGAGGAAGAGCUGCCCCCACAGACACCAACCACUCAGGAGCCAUCUUGCAUCCUUCUGUCUGCCAGGCUAUCGAUUUUGAGGACUCUGUGGCGCCUGAUUCCAUCCCCACCUUCCUGGACCCGCCGGUGCAGCCGCCCGAGUUGGCCGAGACGUGGAUGGGCAGCUACUGGGGUCCCGAGGCGAGGGCGUCCGAGAAGCAGGACAUAUGGGCGUUGGGGCUGGUGCUGUACCACCUCUACACGGGACGGCCGUACUUCGAGCGGGGACUUGACAAGAGGCAGGCCACCAUUCGGCUGGUGAGGCCAUCUCGACCACACACCCACACAAACGGGGACGGGCCACUGUGUGUGAUGGUGAUGCGUUUCGUAUUCGUUUGUCUGUUGUCCGUGUCGGUGUGUUGGUGCAGUUAUCUGACCCGAAUUUCGAGCCCGAUUUGUCGAUGAUCAAGGACGGGCAGCUGAGGGGCUUCCUUAAGAGGCUGCUAAACCGCGACCCGAGGAAGCGGCCGACGUCAGGCCAGCUACUGCGGCUCUCGUGGUUUGUCAACAAACCAAUAUGACGCGGCAGGCAAGACACAACAGUGUGUGUACUGGUUUGCCAAUGAAGUGGGGGGGAAGCAGUCGGGCGUACUCUCGC